AUGGAAGAGCCGAUUGAAAGAAAGUCUAAAUAUACCUACAGGCACCUUGGCCAGCUUUUGAGAUAUUCUGUUGAUACGCCGUUGAGGGUUAUUGCUCAUAUUGAUCUCGAUGCAUUCUAUGCGCAGUGUGAAAUGAAGAGACUCGGAACAGACGAAAAUACCCCACUUGCAGUCCAGCAAUGGCAGAGUCUAAUCGCUGUAAACUACCCAGCAAGAGAAUUCAAUGUCAGCCGUCACUCGACAGCUGUCGACGCCCUAAAGGUCUGCCCGCAACUCAAACUCGUGCACGUAGCAACCUGGCGCUCCGGCGACGAACACUGGGGUUACCGUGAGAACCCGGACAUCGUCACCUGUAAGGCAUGCCUGGACCCAUACCGUAUCGAGUCGAAGAAGAUCAUGUCCAUAUUUCGCGCUGCAUGUCUGCGGGUCGAGAAGGCUUCUAUCGAUGAGUCGUUCUUGGACCUGUCUGUAAUGGUGCACGAGCGGUUGUUGAAGCGGUUUCCCGUGCUCAUACUCCCGCCGCCGCACAAUGAUCCUGCGGAGAAGUUGCCGUUGCCGCCGGAGGGUCUGGAGAUUAAGUGGGCCAGGUCGCACCUUUUGGAGUUGGCAGAGGACUGUGACGAGCAGCUGGAUUGGGAUGAUGUUGGGAUGGGGGUUGCGGCGGAAAUUGUCGAAGAGGUUAGGACGAGUGUGAGAAAGGAGUUGGGAUACACAUGCUCUGCCGGGAUUGCACAGAAUAAGCUGUUGGCAAAACUAGGGAGUGGGUAUAAAAAGCCGAAUCAGCAGACUAUUGUUAGAAUUAGGGCUGCACAGCGGUUUUUGAACACCUUCAAGUUUACCAAACUCAGGAACCUAGGGGGCAAAUUAGGAGAGAGGAUCUCUGAAGAAUUCGGGACCGAAGAGCUCUCCUCUCUCCUGGACACUCCUCUACAAGCAUUGCAACUCAAACUAAAUGAUGACACCGCUACCUGGGUCUACAACAUAAUCCGUGGGAUCGACAAGUCGGAAGUCAACCCCCGAACCCUCAUCAAAUCCAUGCUCUCCGCAAAGUCGUUUAGACCAUACAUUACUACUGCCGAUGCGGGGUCUAAAUGGCUCACCAUCUUCAUUUCCGACAUAUAUUCCCGAAUGGAAGAGGAAGGGGUUAUGGAGGGUAAACGAAGACCGAAGACUAUGACACUAAAUUAUCGAAGUUCGGGCGGUGCAGGUAAAGGCCGUUCAGUUUCUAUACGGGAAGUGACAAAACCAGCCCUAACAGCAGUGGCACAAGAUCUGUUGAAGGGUGUUGUGGAUGAUACCAGGGCUUGGCCGUGCGCUAUGCUUAGUUUAGCCGUCUCAGGGUUCGAAGAACGCGAGGUAGGAAACCUAGGAAUUAGGAGAUUUCUGGUUAGCGGUGACGCAGCGAAAGACAGAAAUUCCCCCAAGUCUGAACUUAGUGGUGUUGUAGAGCGAGAGCCAAAAAGAAGGAGGGUAGCUGAGGAUACUGGGCGAUUCUUCACGAAGGAGCUAGCGACCCACAGCGAGACUCCAAACCCGGAAGACACGCUUCCAGAAGAUGCUAUCUUGGAUCCCGAAACAGAGGAGGCUCUCGAUAACCCGCCGUCAUUUCCACUACCUGUAGCAGCGACUCCGAGGGAUCGCCCGAUGUUUUUGUGCGACCGCUGCAAGACCUCCCUUCCCUUCGAAGACCAGGAGGAGCACCAAGACUGGCAUUUUGCAAAAGACCUCGCGCGAGAGGACCGAACGGAGGUCAUGAAACGGAUUGUUUCGCCUGCACCACCGAGCUCUUCUAGGAAGCCCAGGAAAGGCAGUGGGAGUGGGAAUGGUAAGAAGGGCGGUGGUGGGUCGGAGAAAGGGCAGAGGAAGUUGAUUUUCCGGAAGUGAUUUCAUGGCGUAUCACUCGGCAUAAUGGGUGGGGGUUUGUGUUGAAUUUCUGCUUAAUGUCUUCCAUUGUUCUCAACAACGGCUUUGUCUAAAGCGUUUUCUUUCUAUAUCGCUCUAUGCUAUUGGGAAGUAUCAUUUGUGGUGGUGAGACAUGGUCUAUUGGGUAUUGGGCGGCUAUUUCGUAUUGGCUAGCCUUCAUUGCGCUCUCCAGGCUUGGAGGCGUAUACUUUGUUGGGACUCAUGAUGCGUUUGGGCUGAAGGCAGGAAACCAGUUACUUCCCAUGAAGUAUGAGGUCACUUUUGUUCUCUAUAUAUGUUCGGUCCUUUGGUCCUUUCUUUGGUUGAUAAGUAAGAAUGACACCGCGAGUUGAAGUCG